AUGAAGCGAUACAUCUUCCGCCGAACUGUGGAGGGGAUCCACAUCAUUCAGCUCGGAAAGACCUGGGAGAAGAUCCAGGUGGCUGCGAGAAUCAUUGUGGCCAUUGAGAAUCCGCUUGACAUCAUCGUAGCCUCGCAGCGACCAUAUGGUUCCCGCGCCGUGCUGAAGUUUAGUCAAUACACUGGUGCGAAUCCCUUGGCUGGCAGAUGGACGCCAGGUACCCUCACGAAUCAGAUCACGCAGAAGUACUUGGAGCCUAGGCUUCUCAUCGUGACGGACCCCCGCACAGAUAACCAGGCCAUCAAAGAGGCUGCUUAUGCCAGCAUCCCGGUGAUUGCGUUGUGCGACACCGACUCUCCCGUGGACAACGUGGAUGUAGCGAUCCCUGCCAACAACAAGGGUAAGGAGUCCAUCGCGCUGCUGUACUGGAUGCUGGCAAGGGAGGUGCAGUACCUCCGUGGCCGCAUUCCUCGAAAUCAGCCUUGGGAUGUCAUGGUCGACUCUUUCUUCUGGAGGGAUCCAGAGGCCAUCCCUCUGGGGUGA